GAGGCAAAGGUACAGCCUCCGGGGGAGGCGUGGCCCCGGGGGUGGCCGAGAAGGCGAGGGGGCGGAGCCCGGGACCGGGGCGGGGCGACCACGGGCCGGGAGCUCAGCGGUCGGCGGCCGGCGGCGGGAGAUCGCGGGCGAGCGGAGCGCAACACUCGCUUGGUUGGGGAGAUCGGCGCUUGGCCGGGUGAGCACAAGCCUGGGAGAUGGCAGUGAUGGAAAUGGCCUGCCCAGGCGCCCCUGGCUCAGCAGUGGGGCAGCAGAAGGAAAUCCCCAAAGCCAAGGAGAAGACACCGCCACUGGGGAAGAAACAGAGCUCCGUCUACAAGCUUGAGGCCGUGGAGAAGCGCCCUGUGUUCUGCGGAAAGUGGGAGAUCCUGAAUGACGUGAUUACCAAGGGCACAGCCAAGGAAGGCUCCGAGGCAGGGCCAGCUGCCAUCUCUAUCAUCGCCCAGGCUGAGUGUGAGAAUAGCCAAGAGUUCAGCCCCACCUUUUCAGAACGCAUUUUCAUCGCUGGGUCCAAACAGUACAGCCAGUCCGAGAGUCUUGAUCAGAUCCCCAACAAUGUGGCCCAUGCUACAGAGGGCAAAAUGGCCCGUGUGUGUUGGAAAGGAAAGCGUCGCAGCAAAGCCCGGAAGAAACGGAAGAAGAAGAGCUCAAAGUCCCUGGCUCAUACAGGAGUGGCCUUGGCCAAACCCCUCCCCAGGACCCCUGAGCAGGAAAGCUGUACCAUCCCAGUGCAGGAGGAUGAGUCUCCACUCGGCGCCCCAUAUGUUAGAAACACCCCACAGUUCACCAAGCCUCUGAAGGAACCAGGCCUUGGGCAACUCUGUUUUAAGCAGUUUGGCGAGGGCCUACGGCCGGCUCUGCCUCGAUCGGAACUCCACAAACUGAUCAGCCCCUUGCAAUGUCUGAACCACGUGUGGAAACUGCACCACCCCCAGGACGGAAGCCCCCUGCCCCUGCCCACGCACCCCUUCCCCUAUAGCAGACUGCCUCAUCCCUUCCCAUUCCACCCUCUCCAGCCCUGGAAACCUCACCCUCUAGAGUCCUUCCUGGGCAAACUGGCCUGUGUAGAUAGCCAGCAACCCUUGCCUGACCCACACCGAAGCAAACUGGCCUGUGUAGACAGUCCGAAGCCCCUGCCUGGCCCACACCUGGAGCCCAGCUGCCCGUCUCGUGGUGCCUGUGAGAAGUUUUCUGUGGAAGAAUACCUGGUGCAUGCUCUGCAAGGCAGCGUGAGCUCAGGCCAGGCCCACAGCCUGACCAGCCUGGCCAAGACCUGGGCAGCAGGGGGCUCCAGAUCCCGGGAGCCCAGCCCCAAAACUGAGGACAACGAGGGUGUCCUGCUCACUGAGAAACUCAAGCCAGUGGAUUAUGAGUACCGAGAAGAAGUCCACUGGGCCACGCACCAGCCCCGCCUGGGCAGAGGCUCCUUCGGAGAGGUGCACAGGAUGGAGGACAAGCAGACUGGCUUCCAGUGCGCCGUCAAAAAGGUGCGGCUGGAAGUAUUUCGGGCAGAGGAGCUGAUGGCGUGUGCAGGAUUGACCUCACCCAGAAUUGUCCCUUUGUAUGGAGCUGUGAGAGAAGGGCCUUGGGUCAGCAUCUUCAUGGAGCUGCUGGAAGGUGGCUCCCUGGGCCAGCUGGUCAAGGAGCAGGGCUGUCUCCCAGAAGACCGGGCCCUGUACUACCUGGGCCAGGCCCUGGAGGGGCUGGAAUACCUCCACUCACGAAGGAUUCUGCAUGGGGACGUCAAAGCUGACAACGUGCUCCUGUCCAGCGAUGGGAGCCAUGCAGCCCUCUGCGACUUUGGCCAUGCUGUGUGUCUUCAACCUGAUGGCCUGGGGAAGUCCUUGCUCACAGGGGACUACAUCCCUGGCACAGAGACACACAUGGCUCCGGAGGUGGUGCUGGGCAGGCGCUGCGACGCCAAGGUGGACGUCUGGAGCAGCUGCUGCAUGAUGCUGCACAUGCUCAACGGCUGCCACCCCUGGACUCAGUUCUUCCGAGGUCCGCUCUGCCUCAAGAUUGCCAGCGAGCCUCCGCCUGUGAGGGAGAUCCCACCCUCCUGCGCCCCUCUCACAGCCCAGGCCAUCCAAGAGGGGCUGAGGAAAGAGCCCGUCCACCGUGUGUCUGCAGCAGAGCUGGGAGGGAAGGUGAACCGGGCACUACAGCAAGUGGGAGGUCUGAAGAGCCCUUGGAGGGGAGAAUAUAAAGAACCAAGACAUCCACCACCAGAUCAAGCCAAUUAUCACCAGACCCUCCGUGCCCAGCCGAGGGAGCUUUCGCCAAGGGCCCCAGGGCUCCGGCCAGCUGAGGAGACAACAGGCAGAGACCCUAAGCUCCAGCCUCCUCUCCCACCAGAGCCCCCAGAGCCAAACAAGUCUCCUCCCUUGACUUUGAGCAAGGAGGAGUCUGGGAUGUGGGAACCCUUACCUCUGUCCUCCCUGGAGCCAGCCCCUGCCAGAAACCCCAGCUCACCAGAGCGGAAAGCAACCUUCCCGGAGCAGGAACUGCAGCAGCUGGAAAUAGGUAUGGGCAGCCGUGGCUGCAGUGGGGCCCUGAGCACUGGCCCUGGGCCACCCACGGAGGCCGGCGUUUCUCUUUACCUGCGGUGUGGGCUUUCUUCCAGCCCCUUCCCCAGCAGCUCAGCUUCUACAGACUGUGCAGGAAGAACCCCUGAAAACACAGCCAGCCUCCUCCCAGUCUUUCACAGCCAUCUUCCACUUUUCCCUGCAGAAUUAUUCCUCAACAGCCUGUCCCAGCCAUUUUCUCUGGAGGAGCAGGAGCAAAUUCUCUCGUGCCUCAGCAUCGACAGCCUCUCCCUGUCGGAUGACAGCGAGAAGAACCCAUCAAAGGCCUCUCAAAGCUCGCGGGACACCCUGAGCUCAGGCGUACACUCCUGGAGCAGCCAGGCUGAGGCUCGAAGCUCCAGUUGGAACAUGGUGCUGGCCCGGGGGCGGCCCACCGACACCCCAAGCUAUUUCAAUGGUGUGAAAGUCCAAAUACAGUCUCUUAAUGGUGAACACCUGCACAUCCGGGAGUUCCACCGGGUCAAAGUGGGAGACAUCGCCACUGGCAUCAGCAGCCAGAUCCCAGCUGCAGCCUUCAGCUUGGUGACCAAAGACGGGCAGCCUGUUCGCUACGACAUGGAGGUGCCAGACUCGGGCAUCGACCUGCAGUGCACACUGGCCCCUGAUGGCAGCUUCGCCUGGAGCUGGAGGGUCAAGCAUGGUCAGCUGGAGAACAGGCCCUAACCCUGCCCUCCACCGCCGGCUCCACACUGCCGGAAGCAGCCUUCCUGUUCAGCGCAUGAUGCUGCCCUGAAACACAGGCUCAGCCGCUCCCAGGGAUCUGCCAGCCCCCGGCUCAGCAAUGGGACCAGGGCCCGGCAGCAGCAAGGUGGGGGCAAGCAGAACGCCUCCCAGGAUUUCCCACCUGAGUCCUGCCCCAUCCUGCUGAGAAAACACUCCGCCACGUGAAGAGACAGGGGAGGACGGCAGGAGAUACCUCGGGAAACAAACGGGAUCUUCUCUGCCCUGCUCCAGUUGAGUUGGCCUGACCCGCUUGGAUCAGUGACCAUUUGCUGGCAGACAGGGGAGAGCAGCUUCCAGCCUGGGUCAGAAGGGGUGGGCAAGCCCCUUGGCCCCUCACCCUCCAGGCUGGUGUGAGAGUGUCAAGUGUGUAAGGGCCCACACUCAGGUUCAGUGCAGAACCAGGUCAGCAGGUAUGCCCGCCCGUAGGUUAAGGGGGCCCUCUGACCCCCUUGCCUGGCCUCACCUGGCCAGCUCACCCCUUUUGGGUAUAGGGGAAAGGAAUGCCUGACCCUGGGAAGGCUCCCUGGUAGAAUACACCACACUUUUCAGGUUGUUGCAACACAGGUCCUGAGUUGACCUCUGGUUCAGCCAAGGACCAAAGAAAGUGUGUAAGUGAAGUGGUUCUCAGUCCCCAGACACGUGCCCCUUUGCUGCUGGCUACCACUCUUCUCCAGAGCAGCAGGCCCCGAGCCCCUUCAGGCCCAGCACUGCCCCAGACUCGCUGGCACUCAGUUCCCUCAUCUGUAAAGGUGAAGGGUGAUGCAGGAUGUGCCUGACAGGAACAGUCUGUGAAUGGACAUGAUCACUGCUAAGGAAAGCAGCAGACAGAGAUGCUCCAGCGCCCCAGCCCCACUAUCAGUGUCCAGUGUGCUGGUCCCCAGAGCACAGCUUAGCAUCACACUGACAUUCACCCUGCCCUGCCCCUGGCCAGAGGGUACUGCCGACGGCACUUUGCACUCUGAUGACCUCAAAGCACUUUCAUGGCUGCCCUCUGGCAGGGCAGGUCAGUGACUCUAGGAGCAUAGCAAGCCAGGAGAUGGGGUGAAGGGACACAGUCUUGAGCUGUCCACAUGCAUGUGACUCCUCAAACCUCUUCCAGAUUUCUCUAAGAAUAGCACCCCCUUCCCCAUUGCCCCAGCUUAGCCUCUUCUCCCAGGGGAGCUACUCAGGACUCACGUAGCAUUAAAUCAGCUGUGAAUUGUCAGGGGGUGUCUGCUAGCCUCAACCUCCUGGGGCGGGGGAUGCCGAGCCUCCUUGGGAGAAGCUUAUCCCCACGUCUUGCCAAGACGGCCUUUGUCCAGCUGUCCACAUCGAGCCAAACUGCUCCCGGGGAGAGAGCCCCGGCCCCCAGCACAUAAAGAACGUUAGCCUUGGUACUGCAGAGUCUGGGUUGUAGAGAACUCUGUAAGCAAUAAAGUUUGGGGUGAUGACCAAUGUUUCCAGGC